AUGGAUUUGUCAACCCUCCAACUCCAAAUCCAAUCAAAGAGACCACCGCCUCCCAGUGGCAGCUCCUCCUCCCGCAACAUCAACCGCCUUCCCUCCAAAUGCCUCAUCCCCUCCCUCUCUCUCCUCACCCUUCCCUUCCUCUUCUACCUCCUCUCCACCGCCCACAAGCUCCACCACUCCCCCAAAUUCGCCCACUCCGAAUCCACCCUCUUCGGCGUCGUCGUCUCCGCCCGCCCCUCCGCCGUCCGCCUCCGCAUUUUCCACUUUCUCGACGGCACCGCGCCCUCCAGCUCCACCUCCUCCUCACAUGGCCUCUCCGCCUUCGCUGCCAACCCCGAUCGCGCCGGCGGAUCCCUCGUCCCUCUCCUCCGCUUCGCCAAGCUGCAGGUGCCCAAGAAGGAGCGAGGCAACACCAAGCUCCUCUUCUUUGCCGGGGCCGAGCUGGAUGCGUUGGGGCCUGAGGUUGCUGAGAAGCUUCUGGAAUCGUGUAGGAAGGUGUUGAGGUCGUCGGGGUUUUGGUUCAAGGACGAGUGGGCCCGGGUCAUUCCAGGUGAGGAACAAGGUGUUUAUGCUUGGGUGAGUGCCAACUAUGCUCUUGGAACAUUGCAGAGUGAGCCUCAGGAAACUACUGGGAUUGUUGAACUUGGUGGGACUUCUUUGCAGGUCACUUAUGCUGCAAAAGAAUCACUAGAAGCGAAUUCUUCUCCGUCUCGAAUUAUCAAAUUGUUUGGAGUUACUUACCACCUUUACAGUCAAGGCAUGCCACUAUUUGGCCAGGAUGCGGCUUGGGAAUCACUGUAUGAGCUGCAGAAGUCCAGAGAUUUGACACCUUUUUCGAAUUCUAAGGAGAGAAGUCUUGGUAACCCUUGUAUUCCCAGAGGAUAUAAGCUGACAGUGAAUGCAAGUGAUACGCAACUUCUGGUGUCCUCAAUGGGUGGAAACUUUUCUGCAUGCAAAUCUGAAGCUUUGGCAUUAUUAAAGAGAAGGCAAGACAAAUGCAUGCACGCACCUUGCAAAAUUGUCUCAUCCUUUCCUUUUGAGUUACGAGGCAAACCAGUUUCUACCAAGAACUUCUUAUUUACUUCUGAGCUUUUUGGGCUGGUUCCCACGGCUUCUUUGUUUGAGUUGGAGGCAGCAGGUCAACGUUACUGUGAAGAUGAUUGGGAUAAACAGAAAAAUCAACAUCACAGCAUCGUUGACUCGGAUUUAUUGAAAUAUUGUUUCUCAUCUGCAUAUAUGGUGGCACUGUUGCAUGACAGUCUAGGAAUCCCCAUGGAUGAGAAAAGGGUUGGAUUUGCAAACAAGACUGGAAACAUUCUCCUUGAUUGGACACUUGGUGCUUUCCUCGUUGAAACAAUGCUGGAGCCCCUUGAAUGGGAACUGGACAAUAUGGGCCAGAUUGUUGGAAAUGAGUCAGUCACUUACUUCUCUUUCUUUGCGUUUCUCUUAAUUGCUCUAUUCGCUGUAUUCUUUGUAUUGCAAUCGCGGAAACCACAAUUAAAGACUAUAUACGAUUUAGAGAAGGGACGGUAUAUCAUCACCCGUGUACCUAGGUAA